UACAACUGGCUAAAACUAGACGCCAUAAAUAAGCCGUCUCCAAUGCCAAUGCCAAUUUUGUUGAGGUGCACUGCGAGUCUGUCCGAUAUUGGAAUGCGCAGAUCCGAUUCAGCGCGCGCCGCGGGUGCAUCAAUCAAUGGGCAUUAUCGGAUAUUGUCCGACGAACUUCACGCGCAGGUCAAUCAUCGUCUUCCAUAACCGAUGCAGCAAGAGGGAGUGGUACAGACAGUGUGAGUUCCGGAACGGCCUUCCAGCCUGUUGCUUGCAAAGCUCUUUAAAUUUAAGCUCAACGUUGGCCGCACCGAACACCGCCUCUUUCGUAUUAUGUUUGUACCAUUUGCGUCUUUGCCAGCAUCCUGCCCCCAAACGGUCAGUUCUUCUCUGGACUAUGGGCAUAACCAGCAGUGCUUUUGGUGCCUUCACUGAACAUAGACGGCGGCCAACGUACUUCAGCAAACAAGUCUCCGUGCGCCUGCGACCACGGCGAGAUUGGACCUGCCAGGUGUCUUGCCAGCUAUCUUAUCACCACUCUAUUUCCUUGCCUGCAACUGUCUAUUCGCACCACGACCAUUUUGUACUUAUAACAACAACACAUUCCACAACCGUCAAAGCACCUUCGAACUUCGACCCUCCGACAAGUUAUUUUCGAACCUUGUUUCCGUUUUUCCGUCGAUAAAAAAUCUCAAGCCUUCAUUCGUCGCCGUAAUUUGGUGCUGCCACAGGUAACUAUAUCAUAACUUUCAUAUAUUUAACACUGGAUGGAGCUACACGGGAACGAUACGUCUCACUCUUACAGGAUAGGAGUUUACUCAAACACGAUGCCAUCAAGAUGAGCCUGUACAAUCAGAAAUCUGGCUUCUGGCGCGUUGCUGGUUUACUGUCUCCCUUGUAAAAUUUUCGACAUACAUCAAUC